AAUAGAGAGGGAGGAGAGGCAGGGAGCAGAGACGCACAGCCCUGGACAAACGACUCGGAGACACUGGAGACUGCCUACUCACUCGCUCAACACAAUCUUCUCCAGACUCCCCCUCCUGUUGCAAUGGCCUGUCGGGGAAAACUCUUGGUGCUGCUGGCGGUGUUGCUGGCUCUGAGUGCUCAGCUAUCCUCCGGGCAGCACUGGUCACACGGUUGGUAUCCAGGAGGCAAGAGGGAGCUGGAGGGCUUCCAGUCCCCCGAGGAUUCAGAUGAAAUAAAGUUGUGUAAUGGAGACGAGUGCAGCUAUCUGAGGCAUCCUCAAAAAAACAUCUUGAGAAGUAUUCUGGCUGACAUGCUCGCAAGGCAGAUGCAGAAGAAGAAGUGACAUCCCCUCUCCCCCCUCCCUCUUCUCUCUCCCCCGUCUGUCCCCUCCCCACACACUCAGACCCUAUGAUCCCAUGAAGUUCAGGUCUGCACUGAGCUACAAACCAGGGACCUGAAAUCAAUUAAUCAAAGUACCCCCCCCCCUCCCCCCAGCUGAAUCCACAUUACUGCAAAAGGAAUGACAUUGUAACGCAUUGUAAAUCCAAAAAAUAAAAAAAGAUUUAUUUUACUACUUAGACCCAACCUGUCAACCUGGCACCGAUGUGAAUGCAUUUAUUCCACACUUAUUAUUACUGUGUUUUGCAAAGAGUCAGUGUUUAUACCUGCUGCUCUGUGUGGAAUGGCUCUUUGAUAAUAUCCACACAGAUAAAUUGAGAUCAACGCUGAAUGGGGGUGUCUCAUAAGAAGGCAGGUUGUGUUUUACAUCUUCAUAAUUCAGAACACUGUAUGUUUUAAAAAGUUACAAUACAAUACAUAAUUGAUCUCUUUCCUGGUGAAUUAAGGGUUUGGGGGUUUUUUCUGAGGGUACACUUGAUUAGCAUGGAACAAGACAAAAGACUGUUUGAGAAGUUACUUCAAGUAGGACAAAUGGGAUUAGUUGUGAUGUACUAACUUGUUUAUAAAAUGUAUGCCAUGACCCACAAUUUCAUCAGGAGAUAAAUACCCACUUACAUUCCUAAUAUAUUCAUUUCAACUACAGUUUAUUUAUGUAGAUAAUCUAUGUACAUUUUCUAUGAGUCUUGUGACUUAAUGAAUUAUUUUCCUGGUAAAAUAAACUACAAA